AUGAGAGGGAGCAACGACUCAAAAAGUACCUCACAAGAAGCCGAAGAUGAACACGCCCAGUCGGUCAAGGAGAUGCCCGUCGACACUAUAGAGCCCGUCGACACCGGCGUCAUUCAGAGCCCCGGAUCUAUCUUCGGCGUCGACAUGUGCUUCACCAACUGGGACAUGCUGACCGACCCGACUCUCUCGUCCAUGAUGCCCGAUGUAACUGGCUUGUUUCCAGAUUUCCUCACGGCCACGGCCACGACUACGGCCGUCGAUGACGAGUCAAAAGGAGGAGGAGGAGGUGGUGGUGGAGGUGGAGGUGGCGAUGGCAUCCUCACGGCGGCCUCCUCGUCGGGCUCAGUCUCUCCGCCCGCCAUGAUGUCCAAUGUAAUGUUUGGUUCACCACCGCCAUCCCUAGAUAGCUCAUCAAACCCAUCGUCCGAUGUCAGCUUCCCCGACAGCUACCUUUUACCCGUCCAUGAACUGACACUUCUGCGUGCGAUGCUGCGUAUAGCGGACCGGCUUGGAUGCAAGGGCUCACUUUGGAGGCUGGAUGCUCUGUCGCCCUUUAAUCAGGGAAUCGCGACACCGUCAGAUCAACUUCCCCGGCCAUGGCGUCCAACUCCCUCACAAGUUCUGAUCCCGCACCACCCGCUUUUCGACUUCCUGCCUUGGCCCAGCGCCAGGGACAAAAUCAUCGGCAUCCUCUCGCUCCCCGACGACGCCCGCCCGCCCACCGCCUCUGGCCCGCUCGCCCUCGUCAACUUCGCCUACGACUUUGAGGACAAUGCCGAGGGCGUGCGCAUCUACGGCUCCGACCCUUACGACCCCAGCUGCUGGGAGGUCGGCCAGGUCUUGUUUCAGCGCUGGUGGUUCCUGUUUGAUCGGGACAUUGUCGACAACAGCAACCGGUGGAGGAGGUUACGGGGGGCGCCUCCGCUGGCUCUGACGGCUCCCGGUGUGGAAAACUAA